AUGAAAACUUUAGAAGCACAAAUGAGAGAUGUCUCCAUUGAACUAAGGUUCCAAAUUGAACACCAAUUGACAUUGUUUUACCUGGGGAAAUCCAUGAGGCUUAGGCUUCACUUUGCUCAAAAACUUCUUCCCAUAUUGAAUGGAGCAACUAAAGGCCGCAUAGAAACUAUAGAGCUACUAAAGGUGUUGGAGAUGUUAGGAAAGCACUUCAUGUUGCCGGUAUUAGGCAUGCCGCCUCAAAUAGAGAAAAGGAUAAAAUCGUUUUGCACACAAUAUGGUUCUCUCUUUUUAAAAUACUGGAUCAAGGAUGAAGAGGAGAGCGAGGAUGAAGAUGAGAGCGAGGAUAAACAGGAGACAAAGGAGGUGACUGAGGAUGAAUGCGAGAAAAAGGAAGAACAAAAUAGUGAUGAUGAACAGGGGAGCCAGGAUGAACAGGAGGAGAGUGAUGAUCAAUGGGAGACUGAGGUACAACCUAUUUUGUGUAAAGCAGAAAGUCUAAUCACGCAAGAAUUGAGAGCCCCCUGUUAUCUCAAUAAAUACAUGAAGCAACGGAUACAGGCUCGACAUAAGAUUAAUCAACUUUUCAUGCAAGGAAUUAAGCUUACAUCCUAUAUCAAGAAAGAUGUGUUGAAGGUUAAGAAUGCACACUACAAUCAAUCCAAUACCCCACAAGGGAACAAUACUUCUACUUCUCUUAGACUUAGAGGGCCGGAAGGGGAGAACAUUACAGUUGGUGAUUCGUUGCAGCAUACUACAAUAGAAAUGGUGGGAUGUGAUGAUGAGUUCAACAUGAUAAUGGAUAAUCUGAACCAGCAAUCCAAGCACCGAGAAAUUGUAUCAAUUGUGGGAAUGGGAGGGAUCGGUAAAACCACCUUAGCUAAACGAAUUUAUGGAGAUGCUUCAUUCAUUUCUCGCUUUGAUUGUCGAGCUUGGGUUACUAUCUCACAGCUGUAUAAUCCAACAAUAGUGUUCAAAGCCCUUCUUCGUUCUCUUGCCCCAGGGGUCUAUGGAGAAAACUAUGAAACUAGCAACAACGAAUUGGCUGAGGUAGUUUACAAAUGUCUAAAACGUCAAAGGUAUUUGAUCAUAAUUGAUGACAUAUGGAGUACAGAUGUUUGGUGUGAUUUGCAGAAAUGUUUUCCAGAUGAUAACAAUCAAAGCCGAAUGUUGUUGACCACUCGACUUAAAAAAGUGGCUGAUUAUGCUGGUUCAGAUAGUAAUUUUUGUCAUACAAUGCGUUUUUUGGAUUCAUAUGAAAGUUGGAACCUUUUUCACAACAAGGUGUUGCCCCUGGGAAUGACUUUGUCCCCUGAAUUUGAAAGAAUUGGUAGAGAGAUAGUAAAGAAGUGUAAAGGCUUACCUCUUGCAAUUAAUGUGGUUGCUGGAAUCCUCUCAAACCCCAAACAAGACUUAAAUGAAUGGGAGCUAAUUGCAAAAAAUGUUCAUACAUUAAGUAUAGAUCAUUCUAAUGAGAAGGGUGAAAACAUCAUUGACUUGAGUUACACCUUCUUACCUCAUCAUCUUAAACAUUGUUUCUUGUCAAUUGGGCUUUUUCAAGAAGACUUUGAAGUUCCUGAACAUUUUAUUAUUGAUCGUUGGGUUUCGGAGGGAUUUCUAAAGGUUUUGAGGUCUAAGAGCUUGGAAGAUGUAGCAAGAGAAUCCUUACAAGAUCUUGUAGAUAGGAAUCUCCUUUUAAUUUCUACAAAGAUGAGUACUAAUGGAUCAUUGAAUGUAUAUCAAAUGCAUGAUGUGUUGCGUGAAUUGGCCUUGAGAGAAGCUGAGAAGGAGAAUCUAUUAUGUCUCAGAGAUGAUAGCUCUAUCUUUAGUGUGGGGUUUAGGAGAACUCAACUAAUAAACUCCUCUUGUAUAUCUCACCCAUGGAGUAUCCAAUCAAAAAUUUGCAGUUACAACUCUUUAUCUCAUACCUGCAGUACCUUUUCAAGUUUGGAUUUAUCCAGUUACAGUUAUAGUAAGCAGUUUUAUUAUCCUUUUAAGUUUUUAAGGGGAUUGAUACUAGACGUGGCAGUGGACGAUUUCUAUGCAUCUAUUGAGUUAAUGGGUCUAGUGCAUUUGAGAAGUCUACGAUGUUUUUCUAAUGUGAAACUUAGUUCUCUACCGUUGUUCAUGUUAUGGAAUUUGCAGAAGCUAGAUGUUGAAGUUCAUGAUUCAAUAUUUCAACAAUUUAAUAUUUGGGGAUUGCCCCAAUUGAAGAAUCUCACUCUUCGGGGAAUCAUUACACUGGUUCCUCCAAGAUCAGUUCAUCAUAAUUUGGAGAGCAUUAGAUUUUUGGAUUAUAAGAGUUGUACAGAGGAGUUGUUUAUGAGAAUCCCAAAUCUAAGGAAAUUGGGAGUUGUUGAAGGUUUUGAAAUUAAUCUGGAUUGCAAAGCUGGUGAGAAUCCCAAAUCUAAGGGC